AUGUUGCUCAGCUUUGGGCAAACCCAAGCAUCAACCAAGGAGGACUUGAAGACUGAGAUGAGGGAAGGUGAUAAAUUUGAAAACUAUCCCAACCAAAUAUUCCUAACCCCCCAGGCCAAGGCGCUCACUGUAACUCCUGAACUACACGCACAGAUCUCCAAGUACUUGGCAACCACCUAUGAAGUACAAAUUGGAAAGAAAUUAGCUCUAGAGCUGAUUCCUGAUACCCUCCAACAAUGGGGCCAACUGCAAAUCACCCAGGGAGGCAACUUGAUUCAAGCACAAGGCUACCAUAAGCUACAAUGGGACAGCUGCAACGUAUCAUUUGUUUGGUAUGAACUGCUGGCCAUUGACUUGCUCAUCUUCCAAGAGCAACACCCAACUUUGUCCCAACUUCUUAUUAUGGUCAGCUUCAUAUUGUUUAAGUUGCCCCUAAAGCCCAAAAGUGUUGUCAAUCUGUCAAAGGAUGGAUCAAAAUAUCUCAUUCUUGCGUUCAUCUUGGAGGCACCAGUGGGUCACAUGGUACAAGGGAAAGUUGGGAAGUGGGGAAUGGUUGACGCCCUAACCAUACAGUGUGCUAUUGGACAAAUUCAAGACAACAAGCGUUGGUGGAUCAUUGAUAGGAGUUUGGAUUUGGCACACUUGGAUUUUUUUACACUUGCUAUGCACUGGAUGAGCAAUUGCCUGGAAAUCCAACCCUCAUUCAUGCGUCCAACCCCAAAUGUAAAUCCAACCCCUGGCCACAAAUCCGGCCCCUCCAAAAAUGUCCAACCCCUAACAAACCAAGAACCCAACCCCCAAGCAGAAAUCCAACCCCUCAAGAAAUUCCAACCCUGGGGAUUACAGACAUCCAACCCUCAAGAAAAGUCCAACCCUUGA